AUGUAUGCAUUUGGAUUAGAAGAAUGUGAGCAAUACGAUGAAGCUGAGAGUUAUGCCAGGAAGGGUCUUGAAUUGAAUAGGUAUGAUGCUUGGGCAACACAUGCCUUGGCACAUUGUAUGGAAAUAAAUGGACGAUUCGAAGAAGGCAUUUGUUUUAUGGAAUCAACCGAAACGGAUUGGAAU